GUGUCCGGCUAUUUAAGGCGCCGCCCCACGCCGCACGCCCCAGCCUCACCUGGUAGAGCAGCGGAGCGGGAAUAGCCGGAGCAGCGCGGUACCAGCCAAAAUGUGCGACAAACCAGACCUCUCGGAGGUGGAGAAAUUCGACAAGAAGAAGCUGAAGAAAACCAACACGGAGGAGAAGAACACGCUGCCCUCCAAGGAGACUAUUGAGCAGGAGAAGGAAUGUGUGAAGUCCUCAUAGAGUGAGAUGGCCUGGCAGGAAGAGCUACCACUUGAUUCUUUUUUUGUUUGCUUUGAAUUCAAUCAUGUGUGGGGUUGUUUGGGUUUUGUUUUAAAUCUAUACCAUGUACAUGUAUGAAAAACAGCUGCACCACCUAACCCCCUGUCCCAGCCUGCUGGCAGCUUUGGUGGACGAGUGGAACAAAGUGUGUCCACCUCAGUUCAUCGAGAGCCUGACCCAACCCCAUCUCUGCUGCUCAGCCAACUCCCAUUGGCAGUGUUGAUCUCGCUGUAAUGUGAGGAGAUGAGCAAGGGCUGUGAGGCUCCUAGGGAUGAACCUCUUCUGCCUCGGGGCGUGGGGAUCCUUUCUGGCCUGACCUGUGGCCAGGGUCUGUCUCGCAUACUUUUCACUAUGGUGUUCUGUAGCCUCAUUCACAGUUUUUUUGUCUUCCUUGGGGGAAAAAUGAGAAGUUUAUUAUAAAAUAAAAAAUGUAAUGGCUUACC